AUGGCGGCCGGUUCUGGGGCUGCGAGCGGCCACGGAGCCCGAGGAUCCAGCGCGGCCAUGGAAGCGUCUCUGGACCGCAAGUUUCAAGGAGUAUCCAACACCAUGGAGGCCAUUCAGGGACUGUCCAACUGGUGCAUUGAAAACAAGAGGAACCACCACCUCAUCGUUCGCCACUGGAUGAAGUGGCUCAAGAAAUCUGAUACCACCCACCGCUUGAAUCUCUUCUACCUUGCCAAUGAUGUGAUACAAAACUGCAAAAGAAAGAACGCCAUUGUCUUUCGUUCAUCCUUUGCAGAGGUUCUCCCUAAUGCGGUUCUGCUUACUAGGGAUAUAAAGGUACGAAGAUCAGUGGAGAGGAUCCUAACAAUUUGGGAGCAGAGGAGUGUGUAUUCUGAGGAGCUCAUCACCCAGCUCAAAACCAACUUGACCAAAAGGGAAAAGGACCGAGAGAAGCAGAAGCAGAAGGAAAAGGAAAAGGAAAAGGAGAAGGAAAAGGAGAAGGAGAAGGAAAAGGAGAAGGAAAAAGAGGCUCCACCUGCAAAUACCCCAGCUACCAACAAAGCUGCGCUGAAGUCCAAGAUUGUAGCCGAGUUCACACCUCACUCCCUUGUCGAACAGUUGUCGCAACACAAGAGAGCAGUGGCCGAAGAGGAACUCAAGGAGAAGCAGCUGGCAGCUCUCAGGCUGGAUGUCUGCAGCACAGAGGCCCUCAAGAGACUUAAAGACAAGGCAGGAGGGAACAAGUUUGCGAAGGACGUUGAGGACGGCAGUGUAAAGCUGCAGGAGUUUGUCAGCUUCCUGGACCAAGAGUUGAUAACAGGGCCUCCUCUGCUGGAAGCUUUGGGAAAUGCAGACAUUUUCUACGAGAUGCAGUACAAGGAGGUUAAGAUUGUGGCCAAUGCAUACAAUGCCUUUGCUAACCGUGUGGCCAGUCUGAAAAGGAAAUUGGAUUCCCUCAAGUCGACUCUUCCUGGACCUGACGACUCCCCCAUCCCCUCUCCCUCUGAAGAUGCCCCCUCCCCGACAGGCUCCGACUCGCCCUUCCUGGGACAGGUGGCUACUAGAGCCCAGGUGGAUCCAGAGCUGGACGGCAAAGCAAUGGAUGAAGGAGAAAUACAAAUUGACAACAGAGAUAUGGAGGACAUGGAUAUGUCUGAUGAAGAAUCUGAUGCUGCCACAGCAGAUGAGAAGAAAGAAAAGGCAUCUGCUGCUGUUUCCAAGGCUACAAAGUCUGAUUUGGCCCCAAAGCUUCCAACUACACCUACAAAGGCUGUUAAGACGAAUGCUAACACAGCUGCUGUUACUACGACUACAAUGACUCCCACCUCUGCCUCUGCUCCGAGUACUCCCAUCAGCCCGCUGGGAGUCAACCUGGCGAAGGUCGACUUAGGAAAGAUCAGCUCCAUUCUCAACUCCCUCACGUCUGCUAUGAAGAAUACAGCAGCUAGUUCGUCACCUCGGCCGUCUCCUGGGACUCCCACCACCCCCUCUACCCAAUCAGCAGCCUCCAAAGUGACCCCUCCUAGCCCUGCCCUGGCCAGCAUCCUGUCACGUGUUGACAUCACACCUGAAGGCAUACUCAAUGCUCUGUCUAAAACAAACACACAAGGUUUGUCCUCCCUCCUGCAAAGUGUGACAAACACCUCCUCGGCUCCUCCCACCAGAACCUCCCCCGAGUCUUCAACAGUUAAAACCCCACUCAGCCCAACGACCCCAAAAACAAAACCCAGUUUGGGGAACAGCCUCAAACGUGAAGCAUCUGGAAGAACCAGAGAAACCUGGGAAAAAGAGAGACAGCUGUCCCCUCCUCCACCUCCUCCCCCUCGUCCCACAGUUCCUUCUGUCUCUCCCCCCAGUCUAGAGUCGAAAAUCAACAGUUUCUUGCAGGGUAAUCCAGGUUUUAGUCUUGCUCUAGGUGAUGCCAGUCCCGAUGGGGUGGAGGGGACUCCAGUGAGAGAUGAGGCGGCUGGAACCCCCACCCAGGAUGAGAUCAUGGACACGCCUGGGAGUGUGCCAGAAUGUCAAGGGUCUUCUGGAGGUCAUAACCUCUCACCCACAGCCUACCGCAAGGAACCCUGGGAUGCUGUGAUCACCCCGUCAGGAGGCAGCAGCGAUGGAGAGUUCCUGAGCUCCUCUUCUUCCCGAUAUGGAGCUGGGAAAAAGAACAGCACAAAAUUGAAGGAGGAUGAAGCCAUGAUUAUGAGGAGACAGGUCUCCUCCUCCCCCAGUAAUGACAUGAAGGGUAAGAAAGAUGGACAACACAACCAGUUAAGGAUGAUGGGCCUCAACAGAGCAGGAGAGAGGAGACUCUCUUCAGGCUCUCGUAAGACCAGCACUGGCUCAGAUGACGGAAGUCUGAGUGGAAAAAGAGAAGACAAUGGGAAGGAGGGGCAGUACCAUCGCAUCGAGACCCUCGUGUCCCCCUGCACUGAAGGGGCACCGAUCCAAACUCUGAGCUACUCUAAUCGGCCCCUUGCUGGAGAGCGCAUCAAGACGGUAGAGAGCAUCCGCGUGAUUGGCCGGGGCUCUCGGCGAGGAGGAGGAGUAGGAGGAGGAGGAGGAGGGGCUGGCGGCCGGCCAGGAGGAGCGAUGUGGUAUGAAGAGGAAGAAUACAUGGAAGCUCCGCCUCCCUCACCCCGCACUGGCCCGCCUCCUCUUAACAUCGGCCAGGGAGGUGCAGAGGACAUGAACCCCUCCAUGCCACCUCCUCACCCACAACUCCUCCUCCCUCCUCAUCUCCACCCGCCUCCUGGCCAUCCUCACCCUCACCCACACCUCCCUCCCCAAGCUCAGUUCCAAAUGCCCUACCACACGGACCCUCCACCAUCACACCACCACCACCACCAUCAUGGUCCCCCUCCUCCAUCCUCUUUCUUCAGCAAUCCUCCACCAAUACCCCGACCCCCUCCCCCCCCUUUACCACAGCACAGCUCCUUGCCCUCUGCCGUCAUGGUGGGAGGAGUCUUGGUCCCCCUCGACCGUCCCCUAUGUCUUCCUCCCCAAAUCAGACCCGACGGUGUUGAGCGAGGAGGCGGGAUUGGGAGCAGAGGAAAUAAAGGUGCUCCUCCCCCCCUCAUGACAUCAUUGCUAGGUGAGCCCCAUAAGAUGCCCCGCCCUGGCACAGUUAAAGAGCCUUUUUUCCCACGCCAUGCCCCCCCCCUCCACCGUCCAGGCGCCCCUGGUGUCCCUCCACCUCUACUGGGCAGAGUGAAGGAGCCACUCAAUCUACCUCUUCCCCCCCGCUCUCCCUCCUCCACAUCCUCCACGACCUCUCCCUCCACGCCUAAUUCCCCGGCCGUCGACUCCGCCCCCGGUCGCCUCCCUCCUCAGUCCGCUGCCCCCCCGCUCCAGAAACCCCCUGCCAGUCCUCCACCUCAGCCCCGCAACCAAACCUCCAACCCCGUCCCCCUCCUCAACUUGCCCACUUCUCGGCCCCCCAACCUGUCAGGUCACAUGUCACAGAGACCUCUGCUGCGAGGCCGUACACCCCCCCACCACCAUAACCAAGAUCACCACAUGGGGGGCCACCAUAACCAAGAUCACCACAUGGGGGGAUUUCGUGGGGGCAAGCGGCACGGCCCUCCAUUCGCAGGUGGUCCUUUCCAUCACGGGCAGAAGAGACCCUUCCUACCCCCCCGCUACUGAAGUGGUCGUCUAUAACAAGCUGAAUGAAGUGCAAGCCACACAUCUAGCGGCGCAGUGUGUGUGUUAGCCCCACUGGUAUGAGCCCAGAUAUCUUUACUCUGUUAAUUAGCUUAAAAACUACCUUGAGUCAUGUGUAAAUAACUGAUUAAAUUGUCAUGCUUCAGCUCCGUAGGCAGCGUCCUUAAACUGUACAGCUAAGACUUCAAGCUAGAGUGUUGUGUAUCAACCCUCAAUCUGUCCCUUCUUCCCAUUUCUCCAUACACACUAGGAAGUAGUUUCAUUAGGUUCAAGAGUGACAUAACAAUAGGAAUGAUACAGAUAGUUGAAGCAGAAAUUAAACUAUACCUAGAAAUGUUCUACCUGUGUGAAUUUUGAGUUACACCACCUGAGAGCGAGUCGGAGAGUGAAAAGGAAUGGUUGUCGUGAGAUACAGAGGAAAAGAAACGAGAAGCAAUAGUUUGAUUAAAUGAGCGUAUUUGUUUUCUUUUUGAGAGUUGGUUGAGAAGAUCUGUUCCCUAAAAAUGAAGCUACAACCAACUUAGCCUGGAAUAAAUACUGGAAAAGGGAGGAAUUGUUACCUGGCUCUGUCCAAAUGUUAAAAAAUAAAUCCAGGUACUAACGCCUCUAAAGUAUUGGAACAUGAAACUGACCUAUCAAGAUGACAUGUGGUUCACAGUGAAUCAUUUCAUCACUGGGCACAGUGACUUCAAUGAGCCUCUGUUGAUUUCCUGACUAACCCGACAGCGACAGCAGGACUCCAGGAAGUUUGCUCUCGUUCACAGCAGGCAGAUCAACAGUGUUACUGAAGCAUAAAAGCUAUUUGCCCAUUUCCAGUCUUUAUGCUACGCUAAUCAUAUUUUAUCACCAGCUUAAUUUUUGAAAGACAGAUUUAUCCCCCCAAAAAACUAAUCACAGUUUCAAAAAUGUCAAACUAUUGCUUUUAAAAUGUUUAAUCGAAACGAUGAAUGUUGGUUUGAAAGUUAUCUUUUUCUUCGUGUGAGUGCGUCUAUUUGUCUGGGAAAAAAAGGUAUUUCUCAUUUGAAGUAAUGAGAUUUGUGUCGCAGUUGAGGUUAACACGUGUUCAUAUUUCCAGAGAACCUGCUGUAAAUAAUAUUCUUCUCCUGCUAAAACCCUUUUUUCACCUUUCUAUUUCUCCCACUGUAUAUUUCUAAGCUUGUAAAUAUAAAAAAGGAAACUAAGAUGAUGCAGCUUUUUCUCUUCAAGCUCUUGUUUCUGGCUAGAGGAAAACGACCACCUCUCACGCACCUCUCGUCUUUACUGUGAUUGAGGCCUUGGAUAAGCUUUUAGCUCCCGAAGAAUUUCUCUGCAGUUAUCUGUCGCUCCUUUCUGUCCUCCUUUUUGAAAAACCACCACGCAGAAGAGGAGGGUGAAGAUAAUUCUGUUUUUUAUUUCUAACAUUAAUGUCUGCCUGUGCGCGCUUCAAGUUAGACUCGAGUCAUCAAGAUACUCCGUAGAGGAUGGCGGGUGGGGGGGGAGACUUCAGGUUGGACCACACUCUUGCUCGGCUUCAACAUGUACUGACUUGAAUAAAAUCCAGAGUUUCAACUCAACUGGGGGGGAGGUAUUUUAUUUGGUCACUAUUAGUCUUGAAUUGCGCUCUCUUAGUUUAACUGCGCUGUAGGGCUGUAUUUUCUGCCUGUUCACCAAGAAACUUCUCAUUAACCUACACAGCUGCUGCCAUUUCCAUUAUUAUUUUGUUUGCGCUUUUUUGUGUUUUGUUUUGUUUUUCUUAACAAGAUAGUUGUGGUAAUUUUCUAGCAGCAGCACCCACAUGAAAUUACAUUUGAGCCAGUUAGGAUUGUUUUUAAAAUGGUUUCUUUAAAUAUUUCAGUUUUGGCCCCCUCCUUCUGAUUUAUUUCUUUGCUUCUUUCAUGCUUUCGCCCCCAAGUCCCCUUGUGCUCACUUGGCUUCGCCCAAAAACACUCAAACAUGAGUCAGCACGACGUCAGCAGCUGUCUUAUACAGGAGCUGUUGCCGUGAUGCUGCUCUCUGCCCUGCACUGAUGUGUAUCUACACAGUGAGAGGUGCAGGCUGAGUGUUUCUAUCCAAGCCUCAUAUCUCCAGAGUUUGUCUGAUCAUGGAGUGUGUGUGUGUGUGUGUGUGUGGUGUCUCCUUUGCUCAUUCACAAGUUGACCUGAAAGUACAUCUUCAUCGACACACACUGGGCAUCUGCAGAUGUUGCCGUGUAAAGCUGGUAAACAGAUACAUUAUAAAAAUGUAACAACAAAGAUAUUUGUCACCACCGUGUUGGCACGUCCUCUGAGAUCUUUUACUGAAUGUCACACAAAGUCUGUUACUACUCUAUGUAAACUGUUCUCUGUCUUCUCUGCAGUCACAAUCCAACCGCUAAUUAUCAAGCACCAUAAGUUUGGUGUGUGCACAGAAAAACUGUUAAAUAUCUUUAUGCUCACUCAGCACCUUCUGAAGACUUGCAUUGCUCUUGUAAAUAACAUCUUUUACGUUUUCCUCUUAAGACAAGUUUGUUUGAAAAUGACUGAAGAUGUGUGUCUGUGUAUAUUGAGAAGUUGCUAUUACUGCUGUUCUCAUCAAUGAUGCUAUAUCACUGGUCUUCGAGUGUCCAAUCCUUUCUGGUGUGAUGCACACAUUCCGCAGCAGUAUUUUGACACUUUUAAAUUCGCAUACAUCCUUUUUUUACAGAACACAUGACAGUAUUAUAUAGCAGACUUGUUUGUUUUUUUGUUUUUUGUUUUAUUAUUAGUGCUUU